CGCGGAACAUUUUAUGAAGCAACAAUCGAUAGCAACUAUGGAGAUUUUUGCAAGGUCGUUCGUUGCCUCUAGAGAACAUAAUGCAACUUUUAUUAGCAUUUAGCACGGCAAAGCACAUCCUUGUCACAAACUGGAUCCACGUGGUGUGAAGAUGUUCUUCUGGCCGCUGAAAGCAGAGAAGACGUAUCCGCCUCCUGACUGGGCUCCGGCUAAUUCCAGCUUUAUUACAAAUUCUCAGGUGCCAUGGCUGAACGGGUGCUGGUGGUCGGCGGAGGAGGGAGGGAGCACGCACUGGCGUGGAAGCUGGCCCAGUCGCAGCACAUCCAGCAAGUCCUGGUGGCGCCGGGAAAUGCUGGGACGGUCAACUGCGGCAAAAUUUGCAACUCUGAGGUGUCAGUGAAUAACCACGCCAUAUUGGCUCAAUUUUGUAAGGACCAUCACGUGGGGCUGGUGGUGGUUGGGCCUGAGGUUCCGCUCGCAGCAGGUAUCGUGGACGACUUGAUGGCGGCAGGAGUGCGGUGUUUUGGCCCAUCUGCGAAAGCCGCCCAGUUGGAGGCCAGCAAGAGCUUCUCCAAGGCCUUCAUGGAGCGCCAUGGCAUCCCCACAGCACGCUACGGCUCGUUUACCGACGCUGAAGAGGCAUGCAACUACAUCCUCACGGCAGACUUUCCGGCGCUGGUUGUGAAAGCCAGUGGCUUGGCGGCAGGCAAAGGAGUUAUUGUAGCACAGGACCAAGAGGAGGCCUGUCGGGCUGUGAUGGACAUCAUGAAGGACCAAGCGUUUGGGGCUGCAGGCGACACGGUGGUGGUGGAGGAGCUUCUAGAGGGAGAGGAAGUAUCUUGUCUGUGCUUCACCGAUGGCUCCUCGGUGUCGCCGAUGCCUCCGGCACAGGAUCAUAAACGUCUGCAAGAUGGCGAUCGGGGGCCAAACACAGGUGGCAUGGGAGCCUACUGUCCCACUCCUCAGGUGAGCGAGGAGCUGCUGGUCCAGAUCCGAGAGUCUGUGCUUCAGAAGACCGUGGACGGGAUGAAGCAAGAGGGAACUCCUUACGUUGGGGUUCUGUACGCCGGGUUGAUGUUGACGCAGCAGGGUCUGAAAGUUCUGGAGUUCAACUGUCGCUUUGGAGACCCGGAGUGUCAGGUCUUGCUUCCUUUGCUGAAGAGCGACCUGUACGAGGUCAUUUUGAACACCAUCAACGGCAAGCUGGCCCUCAGCCCCCCCGAGUGGCACCAGGACAAAUCUGCCGUUACGGUGGUGAUGGCGAGUUCUGGUUAUCCUGGCGCCUACAGCAAAGGGGUGGUUCUCACUGGUCUGUCCCAGGUUGAGGACACUGGGAUUCAGGUGUUCCACGCAGGCACAGCCCUGAAGGAUAAGCAAGUGGUCUCCAGCGGUGGCCGCGUCCUGACCGUCACGGCGGUCAGGCCAUCUCUGGAGGCCGCGCUGCAGGCAGCCAAUCAGGGCGUGGCGGCUGUGGGGUUCCCCGGUGCCGUGUACCGCCGCGACAUCGGCCACAAGGCCAUUGCGCAUUUCAAGCAACGCAGAGGCCUGACAUAUAAAGACAGCGGCGUAGACAUCGCCGCUGGCAACAAACUUGUGGAUAUGAUCAAGCCACUGGCCAGGGCAACGUCCCGUCCGGGAUGUAAUGCUGAGCUUGGAGGUUUUGCUGGACUCUUUGACCUUAAAGCAGCAGGGUUUAUCGACCCGAUCCUGGUAUCCGGAACGGAUGGAGUCGGCACCAAACUUAAGAUUGCUCAAGCGUGUGGGCAGCAUGGAAGCUUGGGUCAGGACCUGGUGGCCAUGUGUGUGAACGACGUGCUGGCUCAGGGUGCCGAGCCGCUCUUCUUCCUGGACUACUUCUCAUGCGGCAGGCUGGAUGUAGAUGUGACGGCCACGGUUGUCGCGGGAAUCGCCAAAGCGUGUGAAAUGGCCGGUUGUGCUCUGCUGGGUGGAGAGACGGCAGAAAUGCCUGGAGUCUACGUCGCGGGGGAAUACGAUCUUGCUGGGUUCUGUGUGGGAGCAGUAGAGCGGGGAGCCCUGCUGCCGCGGCUGGCGGACAUCACUGAAGGAGACCUCUUGAUCGGCGUGGCCUCCUCUGGUAUCCAUAGCAAUGGCUUCAGCCUGGUCCGCAAGGUCUUGGAGCGAACGCGUCUUAGCUACAGCUCACCGGCACCUUUUGGUCACCCAGGACAGACUGUUGGGGAGGUUUUGCUGACGCCGACUAAGAUCUAUAGUCGUCUGCUCCUUCCAAUCCUGCGCAGCGGUGCUGUGAAAGCAUACGCUCACAUCACUGGAGGAGGACUUUUGGAAAACAUCCCUCGGGUUCUGCCCCAGGAGCUGGCUGUCGAUUUAGAUGCAUCUCGUUGGAUCAUCCCUCCAGUGUUUUCCUGGCUGCAGAUGGAGGGUGGCCUGACUGAGCGUGAAAUGACCCGCACUUUCAAUUGCGGCUUGGGUGCGGUGCUGGUGGUCGCCCCCGUGGACGCUCAAAGGGUUUUGCGGCAACUGCAAGCCCACGAAGAGGCCUGGAUCGUGGGUGCGCUCGCUCACAAGCCACCUGGUGCUGAGUCUGUGGUGGUCCGAAACCUGAAACACAGCCUGUUAAACACUGGUCCAGCCUCCAAGAAUGGCAGUUGUCUUUGUGAUAGCAGCAUUCCUCACAAGAGGACCAAGGUUGGGGUUCUCAUCUCAGGCACAGGUACCAAUCUUCAAGCCCUGAUCGAUCAGGCCAAGCGCCCAUCUAGCUGCGCAGAAAUUGUGGUUGUCAUCUCCAACAAGCCUGGGGUUCAGGGUCUCAAGAGAGCGGCAUUGGCUGGCAUCCAGACACGGGUGGUGGACCACAAACUGUACGGGAGCCGAGCAGAGUUUGACGGCACAAUUGACCGCGUGCUGGAAGAAUUUGGGGUGGAGUUGGUGUGUCUCGCUGGAUUCAUGCGGAUCCUCACAGGAUCUUUCGUCAAGAAAUGGAACAGUAAACUUUUGAACAUCCAUCCCUCCCUGCUGCCCUCCUUCAAGGGGGUGAACGCCCAAAAGCAAGCUCUCCAGGCCGGGGUGCGGGUCAGCGGCUGCACAGUACACUUUGUUGCAGUAAGUCGGCCACGUUGUCAUCCGAACAUCAGCAUGCCAUCAAGGCCAAGACGAAUCUUCUCAUUUGCCUGUCAGGAGGAGGUGGACGCAGGGGCCAUCAUUGUGCAGGAGGCUGUGCCAGUGUUGAGCGGCGACACAGAGGAAAGUCUGGCGGACAGAAUCAAAGAGGCUGAGCACAGGGCCUUCCCGGUGGCUAUGGAGCUGGUCGCCAGUGGGGCCAUCCACCUUAGUGAGGACGGACGUGUCAUCCACCGGUCCAAUUUACAGCAGUAGUACGAAUAGUCAAGUAAAAGUGUAGUAUGACACUGCAUCAAAGCAGGGGCUUUGGGGAAAUAAACAUUUCAGAUUUGCAUGAA